AUGGCCGAACCAACGCCCCCCACCGAGUUGGGCCGUUUGCGCGUCCUCUCGUCUAAUGCUGGUGUUCGCGUCUCCCCUCUGCAAUUGGGUGGCAUGUCGAUCGGCGAUGCCUGGGCCGGCAUGAUGGGCUCGAUGAAUAAGGAAUCGGCCUUCAAGCUCCUCGAUGCCUACUAUGAGGCCGGUGGUAACUUCAUCGAUACUGCCAACGGGUACCAGAAUGAGCAGUCCGAGAUUUGGAUCGGCGAGUGGGUCAACGCCCGUAACAUUCGUGACUCCCUGGUCCUGGCGACCAAGUUCGCCAUGGAUUAUCGCAGCUAUGCCGUGGGUAAGGGUGUACCGGCUGCCAACUACGCUGGAAAUUCCCGCCGCGCCAUCCAUGUUUCGGUCCGUGACUCGCUGAAAAAGCUACAGACGGAUUACAUUGAUGUCUACUACAUUCACUACUGGGACUACACCACGUCUGUUAAGGAAGUUAUGGAUGCUCUCCACAUCCUCGUUGAGCAAGGCAAGGUGCUAUAUCUUGGAAUAUCUGACACGCCCGCCUGGAUUGUUGCUGCAGCCAACACCUACGCGAUCGACCACGGAAAGACUCCUUUCAGUAUCUACCAAGGACGCUGGAACCUAUUGGACCGAGACAUUGAGCGCGAUAUCAUUCCUAUGGCCCGCCACUUCGGCAUGGCACUUGCACCAUGGGGUGUCCUUGCUGGAGGCAAGUUCCAGUCCAAGUCUGAGGUCGAGAAGCGCAAGGCUGCCGGUGAGGGCCUACGAGCUUUCGCCGGAAGACCUCCUCACCAGACCGAGGAUGAGAUCAAAAUGAGUGAGGCCCUGGCUAAGGUAGCCUCGGAACACGGAACUGAGUCUGUGACCGCCGUUGCGCUGGCAUAUGUGAUGUCCAAGGCGAGCAACGUCUUCCCUAUUGUCGGCGGGCGCAAGGUUGAGCACCUCAACGACAACAUCAAGGCGCUGAGCCUCAAGCUUACCGAUGAACAAAUUACGUACCUUGAGAGCAUCAAAACUCUCGACCUUGGCUUCCCGCACAACUUCAUCCCGCAAGAUCCAAACAUCACCGGGUCUUCAUUCCUGAUUGGCAGAACAAACGCCAUGAAGUUCCCCAAUGCCCACAAGCCUUCGUCUGUAUAA